AAAAAAUUUCACCAUGUCAGACUGGUUAUCGUCGGUUCUAAUACCCAAGCAGCUUGGUGAUAACUGUACACAGAGGUGCUGAAGAGAAGCGAUCGAUCGUGUCCUAUAGGCUACGUGCUCAAUGAAACACCAAGAUUAGCCCCACUUGUAUCUACAAUCUAUUCGUAUCUUCGGCUUCCCACUCGGUGAAGACUGGCCCUCUGCAAUCCAAUCGUCUCACAGAUAGCCUCUUAGUCCGCUACCAUCUUACCCAAGCCUGAUCGAGACAUAUCGCAGCUAUGCCUUGGGACCUCGUCACACUGAAUUCCGGCUAUGCUAUGCCGAGCAUUGCUUAUGGUACAUGGACCCUCGGGAACGGCCAGGGUCCCAUCGACCAGAUUGCGCAAGCUUUCGACACGGGAUAUUACCACAUCGACACUGCUCAGGGGUACGGAAAUGAGGGUGAGGUGGGUAUUGCUCUUCAUGAAAGCGGUCUAUCCCGCGGAGAUGUAUUCAUUACGACGAAAUACUCUGGCUACGAUGGUCUCGACAUCCCUACUGCGAUCAGAAACAGUGUCAAGAACAUCGGCACACCUUACGUAGACUUAUAUCUGAUUCAUAAUCCACGCCUCGCGGUACCGGACAUCCCAACAGCAUGGGCACAAAUGGAGAAAGUGGUGGAGGAUGGUUUGGCAAAGAGCAUUGGAGUAAGUAAUUUCGGUGUACAAGAUUUGGAAAUUCUGUUGGCGUCUGCGAAAAUCAAACCUGCGGCGAAUCAGAUCCUUCUACAUCCCUAUGUUUACCAGCAACAGGCGCCCAUAGUGAAGUAUGCGGCUGAACAUGCCAUUGUCAUCGAGGCAUACAGCGCCCUCCAACCCAUUACCAAAGAACCUAGUGGUCCAUUAGACGCUCCGCUGAACGAGAUUGCCACUCGACUUGGGGCGACUACAGACCAGGUACUUCUUGCUUGGACAAAGGCUAAAGGCGCGGUUGUCGUCACAACCAGUACCAGGAAGACACGUUUAGAAGGCUAUCAAGAUGCGGGCGAUAUUGAGCUUUCAAAGGAGGAUGUUGCUGCGAUUGAUGCUGCUGGCGCAUUGGGCGAAAAGCGAAUCACCGCUAGAAUAGGGUUGCGAAAGUUUGGUGUUGGGGUUCUAGUUGGGGUUGUGGUGUUGGGCCUCUGCAGUUAUUUUGGAGUGAGGAUCAAAUAAUUAGUUGCUGGAUCUAUUAUGUUCCAUCGCUCGCUAGGGCAUUUGCAUCUGAAUUAGUUUUUAUCUAGGUUUAUAUAGAGAGAGACAAUGAGUUGGACACUGACUCGGAAAGACUAGUAACUGGUUGUCACAGGGCUUGACCUGAACAUAAAUUUCAUUAAAAGACGCUCACCAGAGUUGACAUGAUCAGACUGUGACACUCUGCGAUGCGCUGCAGUCUGAUUCGAUCACU